AAAUUAAAAAAAAUAUCAUCUUCAAGUACUCAGCCUACUAAGUACACAAAACCAGAGCCUCAGCUAAUAUAAACCCUUCACAUAAGCAGUUCACAGAUAUUGAGGAUUUCUGCUCCAGGAUCAACGGAGCUGAAUAUAACCAUUAUACUUUUUCAUCUCCCUCUUUCGUCGCUGUUCUUUACUUUCUGUUCUUCCCUGAGGACUGAUACUAAAGCAAUUGGCUCACUGGGUCAGCGUGCAGCAGUCACAGGAAUUCAGGGCUUUUCUCAGCAAAGGAAGAACAAGAGACUUUGGAGUUAUUUACGAGACUUUGGAGUUAUUUACAAAUGAAGUGUUAAAUUACUAAUCACUAAUUUAAUGGAAGGAAGAGGACAACAUACCACUGUCUGUCUUUUUGCUUCCGCUGGUAGCUCCCAGUGCUGCUGUGACUGUGCCUUAGGUCUCCAAGGCUUACCUGCUCCAGAGAGGCAGAACUCUGUUCAAUUCAGCCAAGCUAGGGCAGUGAAGGGUAAAUGGAAGUGAGGCCAGUAUGGUUUCCUGAGCUCUCCUUUCUUUUUUCCUAUUGCACCCAUCCCUUCUCAACAAUACCAUUCAUAAAUGGGAAACACUCCAUCUUGGAAUUAAUUCUCUUUUCUGGUACUGUCCAAAGGCAUUGGAAAGCUGUUCCAAAGUUUGACUAAUCUAUUGGUUAGGAAACAUGAAAUGAAAGGCAUUUAAGCUAGCAAAAUAUCAUUGGAAUUAAAGGGGGACUGAAAAUGCCUAUUGUGUCACUUGAGUUUGCUGCCAAAAUCAAGUCCCUAUUUAGUAGGCAUCAACCCAGAUGGUACGCAACUUAUAGUAACUAUUGCUUCUCUAAACAGAGUUUAGCAAUUGAUACUACAUCUCAUUUAAGUUCUUUCAGACGUCUUAAAUAUAACUGCGGGACCUGGAAGCAUUUCUCCUGCUUCGCUCAUUGCUUGAAGACACCCGACCACGCGCGGAACCGACUGCCAUGUGGCGUUAGCACAAACCAGCGGUGUCACGGGAGCAAAACGCUGCGAUGGGGUCGGCUGCCGGUCAGGCGGCACGGCCGAGGGAGCCCUUUAGGAAGGCGUCCUCUCCUGAGGACGAAGGCACGAAGGGACCCCAGCGAACCGCGCAACACGGCGCCAGGCGGGCCGCGCUGCCGGAGGAAGGCGGCGCUUGGCCGGGGCGCCCCGCCCGGCCCGGGAAGUGAAAGCGAAAUGCGCAGCGGGCGGGGCGGGGUUUGCGCGGUGUCACUGCCGUCCCGCUCGCCGCGCCGAUGUCCCACGGGCCGAGAAGGGGACGGGAGGAGGGGGAGGACGGAGCGGCGAGGGGCAGCCAGGCGCGGCACGGCAGCCUCCACGAGUCCGCGGGCGGCGGCGGCAGGAGCCAGGGCCGGCACGAGAGGAAGAGGAAGAAGCAGGAGGCGCAGCAGCUGCAGAAGCUCCAGCACCUGGAGUCCUUCUACGAGAAGCCUCCCCCAGGGCUAAUUAAGGAGGAGGAAACAAAACCAGAAGACUGCAUACCUGACGUACCAGGCAAUGAAAGUGCACGAGAAUUCCUGGCACAUGCCCCAACAAAAGGGCUUUGGAUGCCUUUGGGAAAAGAAGUCAAAGUUAUGCAGUGUUGGAGGUGUAAACGCUACGGACACAGAACAGGGGAUAAAGAAUGCCCGUUCUUUAUUAAAGGCAAUCAGAAACUGGAACAAUUUAGAGUAGCACAUGAAGAUCCAAUGUAUGAUAUAAUAAGGGAAACGAAACGUCAUGAAAAAGAAAUGAGGAUACAGCAGUUGAAGCAGCUCCUUGAGGAUUCCACCUCAGAUGAUGAUAGCAGUGAUGACAGUGAUGAAGAUGAUGAUGAAGAUAGCAGCAGCUCCACUUCCUCGGAUAAACACAAGAAAAAAAAGAGAAAGAAGGAAAAGAAAAAAAAAGAAAAGAAAAAGAAGAAGAAGAGAAAGCAUAAAUAAUCUAAAUCUAAUGAGAAUGACUGAUAGCAGUCACCUACUGUAUGCUCGUUGACCUCCCUUUCCCCUACUUGUGAACUGCCUGGAAAGAUCCAAAGAAUUAGGAAGAAACUACCAAAAGGGGCUUUUUAAAACUGAGACAUACAGGUGUAUACAUGUAGCAUCCUUCACUGGCUCUUUUUUCUACCCCUCUGCAGUGCUGCAGCCAGAAAAAGGAGAGCUGCACUGAACGAUACACAAUCAUAUAUAUCUUUUUUUACCAUAAAACUUGUGCAAAGCAUCAUCCAACUUGGUCACAUUGCUAUGUGACUACCAGCAGAAAGCCAUCACUACCAUGGUGGUCAGCAGACUGUCUCCUGAAGCAUGUUUUCACCACACAGUCAUUUAAUUAUAUACAAAGCCUCGCUGCAAGGGGGCUGCAGUUUGCAUUGCAUUGGCAGUUCACUUACAGUAAGGUACUCUAUUUCUUUUUCUGCCUGUGUUUUGAAGUCCACUGUACUUCACUUGCAGCUGGGGAAGUAAUGAGCACUGCUGAAGGGGGAAAAAAUGUCAAUCAAGGGGAAUUGGAGACAAAACCAGAGUGAGGGUUUUUUUUGUUAGCAACAACUCAAUGUGAUUGCAGUAGACACAGUUCUAUAAUGCCUAGAGUAUUCCCUAACCUGUAAGACUGUGAGCCAGCUGUGAUGAUGCUAGAUGCCUAUUUUACCAUUAGAGGGUUUUUUGAUUAUUUAAAAAAGGGAGUGGUGGUUCAUGCUGGAAAUGAGAAAAAUGCAUUUCUACACAUACUUCAGUAUCAGUUGUUUUGGUACAUUUGAUUUUUUUUCCUUUUAAAAAGGCUUGAGGAAGUGAAUUCCAACUUAAGUUGUAUGUUUACUAGAACUAUUUCAUGUAGUAAUAUUAAAUGACUCAUCCCACAAGAAUAUAAACAUCUAAGGAAGUUUCCAAACGUGUGCUUGUAAGCUACAGAACGGUAGCAAAGAACAUGUAAGCAGGAAGAAGGAAAGAGGUGUACUCUAAUGAUGUUAUACACUGACUGCAAGUUCUUUCUUUUAAACGAUGUUCCAAGAUAAACUUGAUUGGAACAACUGAGAUUGUGAUAAGCUGUUAGAGUAAACUCUCUCUUUUUCAAAGUGUACAGCAGUACAAAGCCGUGACUUGAAGACCUAAAUAUUCAUUGGUGCUCUGGAAAAGAAAAAAUAGAAUUGCUCUGAAAGGAGUAGGUCAUAUCUGAUCUCAUUCAGAACUUAGUCUCUGUAUUUAUGCUUAUAUUAAAUUACAAUGAACAUCAGUAACCAGUGCCAGCAAAAUCAAGAUACCAUAUGCUCAAGUGCACUUAAGUUUUUUGGUAGCGUGCUUGUUUUUUCCUUCUUCACCUGAGGCUUUGGAAGAGAGACAGGAAAGUAUGCAUUAAAAAGUGUGUUUCUUCGC